AUUCACUGCAUGCCACACUGUUUCUGGUUUCUGUCAGAUUAAUAGGUGCGGCCAUGUUGAUCUGUAGUGAAUAAAACUGAGUUAAUUUUCUUUUAGGGAAAUAAAAUUGACACAAUAUGCCCAAAUGCGACCUCAAAACGAGAUACAUCCCAGCGACGUUCGCGUGGACUCUAUUGUUGGGCACAACAUCCCUGUUUUUUUAUUUCCCGUGUCAAUAUUACCUUCACAAGCACCCAUGGGUUCCCGCGUGCCAAGGCUUCAUAACGUUUUUUGUUUUGGCCAAUUUUACCCUGGCCACUUUCAUGGACCCGGGAGUUAUACCAAAAGCUCCACCUGACGAGGAUCGGGAGGACGACUUCCGAGCGCCUCUGUACCGCAGCGUGGAGAUCAACGGUAUCACGGUGCGGAUGAAAUGGUGCGUCACUUGCAAGUUCUACCGGCCGCCGCGCUGCUCGCACUGUUCAGUCUGCAAUCAUUGCAUAGAAACAUUUGACCACCACUGUCCGUGGGUGAACAACUGCAUCGGACGUCGUAACUACAGAUUCUUUUUUUUCUUCCUAAUAUCGCUCUCCAUACAUAUGCUGAGUAUAUUCGGCCUUAGUUUAUACUACAUCAUGAACAAUAACAAAACGUUGACGCAAGUGGAGCCUAUUGUGUCAAUGGUAAUAAUGGGCAUUAUAGCACUAUUAGCGAUACCAAUAUUUGGUUUGACGGGGUUCCAUAUGGUGCUAGUGUCCCGAGGGCGCACGACCAAUGAGCAGGUGACGGGGAAGUUCACCGGCGGAUACAAUCCCUUCUCGAAAGGAUGCUGGUACAACUGCUGUUAUACGCAGUUUGGACCUCAGUAUCCUAGUCUAGUCCGACCAUCGAAAUAUAUAUACAAAGGUGGUAAGAAGCGAAGAGAAGCGAUGCCGGGAGGCGGGCAUUCUGCUUCAGCUAUAUCUACGAUAGCUACCGACACGCAACAUCAGGUAAAGACGUACACGGCGGACAACGGCACGGCGCACCGCCCCGCUGGACCGCACGCGCAUUAUAACAAGUUGGUGUGGGCGGCGCCCUCGCAGCUGUCUCCUGGACGCGAGGAGACGGAGGCCGAGCUGGACGGGCCCGGCGCUCCCAGUCCGCGACUGCGAGCCUACGCCGCCCCCCCUACAACGAAGGGGAUCCGCAGCCAACCUCUUCCCCCCUGACGCACAUCAUCACUUGCCGCCACGGCCGCACCAUUAUCCACGACUCAGCCCACUCUCCAGAAAUACCAGCCACGGUGGCACAACGACAUCAGGCUACCGGGUGGUGAUGGAGCCGGUGAGAUACGACGCGGGCUCUAACGGAGGAGCCCGGCCGUCGCCCACCAUGCAGCAGAGGAUCAAGGCUCUCGGCGUCCCGACGCCGCUAGCAGUCAGCAGUCCUGUCAGAAGGUCCAACCCGGGCACGCCGACGCAGCCGCGCCGCCCCGACUUCAUCGGCGUCGGCGGCCGCGCCUCGCCGCAGCGGCGCUUCCUGUCCGAGGGCGAGCUGUUGCGGCCCGAGCCGGCCGCGCCGCACCGGCCCACGGCCGACGACAUCCGCGAGCUGGCCGCGUCCCCGCAGCGCGGCAACUACCUGUGGGCCGAGCGGCCGCCGCACCCCGCCGCGCACGCGCCGCACGCGCCGCACGCGCCGC